ACCGAACCUCAGUGAACCACGGGGUAAAAUUCUAAUCCUUGAAGAAAGUGAAAAAUCCGCUAACCACCCUCGCGCCAGACACGGCCAGAACCUUCACCUCAAGAUGGCGUCGCGUAGUCAUAAGAUUCAAUCGGCUCCAAUCAAAAAUGGCAGGGUGUGUCGACAUUUACAGCCGGAGCCCUUCUAGUCUCCACGUGCGCUCCUUCUCUAUGGUGCCGCCGUCCAGGCCGGCUGAGCCGGGGCGGACAGCGGGCACCCUCUAGCCACGCUCUUCUCUAUGGUCCCCCGCACCACGCCCCCGGCUGCAGUGCACGCCGGGCAAGAGGAAGACCUCCAGAGGCUCCCCGCGCAGCGCGGCGCUGUUUGCGGCCUGUGCUAGGAGGCUUUUCGGAGCCCGUCUCCCUCACGGGCGGUACCCCGAUAUUUCGAACCGGUGAAAUCCACUCGGCCCUCGGAUCCGGAAAGACUGCGAAAACAGUCCCGAUUUCUUAGCGGCAGACUGCUGCAGUGAGAAUGUCUUUCCCCCCCCACUUGAAUCGCCCUCCCAUGGGGAUCCCAGCCCUCCCCCCGGGGAUCCCACCCCCACAGUUUCCUGGCUUUCCUCCACCAGUACCUCCAGGAACCCCCAUGAUUCCUGUGCCAAUGAGUAUUAUGGCUCCUGCUCCAACUGUCUUGGUGCCCACUGUGUCCAUGGUUGGGAAGCAUUUGGGUGCCAGAAAGGAUCAUCCCGGCUUAAAGGCUAAAGAAAAUGAUGAGAACUGUGGCCCUACCACCACCGUCUUUGUAGGCAAUAUUUCUGAGAAAGCCUCAGACAUGCUGAUAAGACAGCUCUUAGCUAAAUGUGGUUUGGUUUUGAGCUGGAAGAGAGUUCAGGGUGCAUCUGGAAAACUACAAGCUUUUGGAUUCUGUGAGUAUAAGGAGCCUGAAUCUACACUUCGUGCGCUCAGAUUGUUGCACGACCUGCAGAUUGGAGAGAAGAAGCUGCUUGUUAAAGUUGAUGCAAAGACAAAGGCACAGCUAGAUGAAUGGAAAGCGAAGAAGAAAUCUUCCAAUGGGAAUGCCAGGCCUGAAACUGUCAGUAAUGAUGAUGAAGAAGCUUUAGAUGAAGAAACAAAGCGAAGAGAUCAGAUGAUUAAAGGGGCGAUUGAAGUUUUAAUUCGUGAAUAUUCCAGUGAGCUAAAUGCCCCCUCACAGGAAUCUGACUCUCACCCCAGGAAGAAGAAGAAGGAAAAGAAGGAGGACAUUUUUCGCCGAUUUCCAGUGGCCCCUUUGAUCCCUUAUCCACUCAUCACUAAGGAGGAUAUAAAUGCUAUAGAAAUGGAAGAAGACAAAAGAGACCUGAUAUCCCGAGAGAUCAGCAAGUUCAGAGACACACACAAGAAACUGGAAGAAGAGAAAGGCAAAAAGGAAAAAGAAAGACAGGAAAUUGAGAAAGAACGGAGAGAAAGAGAGAGGGAGCGUGAAAGGGAACGAGAAAGGCGAGAACGGGAACGAGAAAGGGAAAGAGAACGUGAACGAGAGAAGGAGAAGGAACGGGAGCGGGAACGAGACCGAGAUAGGGAUCGUGACCGGACCAAGGAGCGAGAUCGGGACCGGGAGCGCGAGCGAGACCGGGACCGGGAUCGAGAACGGAGCUCGGAUCGAAAUAAGGAUCGGAGUCGAUCGAGAGAAAAGAGCAGAGACCGUGAAAGGGAACGGGAGCGGGAACGAGAAAGAGAGCGGGAGCGGGAAAGAGAGAGAGAGCGGGAGCGAGAGAGAGAACGAGAGCGGGAACGGGAGCGAGAGAGAGAGAAAGACAAGAAGCGAGACCGAGAAGAAGAUGAGGAAGAUGCAUAUGAGCGAAGAAAACUUGAAAGAAAACUCCGAGAGAAAGAAGCUGCUUAUCAAGAGCGCCUUAAAAAUUGGGAAAUCAGGGAACGGAAGAAAACUCGGGAAUAUGAAAAGGAGGCUGAAAGAGAAGAAGAAAGGAGAAGAGAGAUGGCGAAGGAAGCUAAGCGACUAAAAGAAUUCUUAGAAGAUUAUGAUGAUGAUAGAGAUGAUCCUAAAUAUUACAGAGGAAGUGCUCUUCAGAAAAGGCUGCGUGAUAGGGAAAAGGAAAUGGAAGCUGAUGAGCGAGAUAGGAAGAGAGAGAAGGAAGAGCUGGAGGAAAUCAGGCAGCGUCUCCUGGCAGAAGGACACCCGGACCCGGAUGCAGAGCUCCAGAGGAUGGAACAAGAGGCCGAGCGACGUAGACAACCACAAAUUAAACAAGAGCCAGAAUCAGAAGAGGAGGAGGAAGAAAAACAAGAAAAAGAAGAAAAACGAGAGGAACCUAUGGAAGAGGAGGAGGAACCGGAACAGAAACCUUGUCUCAAGCCCACGCUGAGGCCCAUCAGCUCUGCCCCGUCAGUCUCCUCUGCCAGUGGCAACGCGACUCCCAACACUCCUGGGGAUGAGUCUCCCUGCGGGAUCAUCAUUCCUCACGAGAACUCACCCGACCAGCAGCAGCCCGAGGAGCACAGGCCAAAAAUAGGACUAAGUCUGAAACUGGGUGCUUCUAACAGUCCUGGACAGCCUAAUUCUGUGAAGAGAAAGAAACUAGCUGUAGAUAGUGUGUUUAACAAAUUUGACGAUGAAGACAGUGACGAUGUCCCUCGAAAAAGGAAGCUGGUUCCCUUGGAUUAUGGUGAAGAUGACAAGAAUGCCACCAAAGGAACUGUGAACACUGAAGAAAAACGUAAACACAUUAAAAGUCUUAUUGAGAAAAUUCCUACAGCCAAGCCUGAGCUAUUUGCUUAUCCGCUGGAUUGGUCAAUUGUAGAUUCUAUACUGAUGGAACGACGGAUUAGACCCUGGAUUAAUAAGAAAAUCAUAGAAUACAUAGGUGAAGAAGAAGCUACGUUAGUUGAUUUUGUUUGUUCCAAGGUUAUGGCUCACAGUUCACCUCAGAGCAUUUUAGAUGAUGUUGCUAUGGUACUAGAUGAAGAAGCAGAAGUUUUUAUAGUCAAAAUGUGGAGGUUAUUAAUAUACGAAACAGAAGCCAAGAAAAUUGGUCUUGUGAAGUAAAACUUUCACAGUUGAAUUUCAUUUCAUAUUUCUUCCUUCUCACUCUUCAGAGGACUUUGAAUUUUUCUUUGUCUUCAAAGAUAUCUGUGAGAUUGUAAUUUUUUUUUAAUGUAGAAAAUGUGAAUUUUUUGUCCUAAUUUGUUGGUGCCUUCUGCACUUCCUUGGUUGUAAAGUCAUCUGAGUCCUUGAUUCUCUUUAUACUCGCCAGGUACAAAUGACUGGUAUGUUUUAUAAGCCACAACUGCUGUACACAACCUAUCUCAGAAUCUUGUUCUGCUGAUUUAUUCCUUGUACAUAUUGAAAUGACUUCCCCAGGGUUUUUCUUUUUUUUUUUUUUCAGACUCACUUAGUGUUGAACUGUGCUAUAUUAGAAGCCAACAUGAACUGUUUUUAUUGGAUACCAAUGAAAUCUGUUACCACCUCACUCCCUCCCCCCUUUUGAUCAAAACUGGCAAGCCCUCCUGAAGGCGUGAAAUUGAAAAUUAGAAUGCAGAAUUAGACAAUCUCCUCCUGUCAUAUUUAUCUUUGUGCGAAUGUAUGUGUAGAAGUCUGCCCUAAUUUGCUUUCAUUUCUGGUAACAUUUCGUAUUUGAAGAACAGUUAUAAAGGAACGUG